AUGCCAGCACGCAAUCAGGCCAACCAGGUCACAAUCGGUGAUGUGACCAUCACCACACAGGCGACCCUGGCAACUGAUGUUGGUGGCUCGCUUGUCGCCAUGAAGAAAAAGAACAGGUCAGCGUUGGAUGCGGAUAAGAAGCAUGCCUUCUUUCAACUCAUCACAAAGCAUCAACAUACCCCAUUUGAUCUCCAACCGCAGACCAUGCAAAGUGUUCAAGACCUUCAAGAAAGCUAUAAUCUUGGCGUUGGCCUGGCCAACAUGCAAAUGCACUUCAGGCGCUAUGACAUCCUGGACGUUUUCACAAUUGUAUUUCCUACCAAGAAUGCGAUUGGUGAACAAACAGGCCAGUUAGAGAAUGAUAAUUUCAACAUGACCAAGACAGUGUUUCUGUUUGAUUGCUACGCAGAACUUGCCGCUGACCAGGUGGCAGAAAGCUGCAAGUGGUAUACAAGGUGGCCUGACACAACCACCAGUCCUUGGUUCCGCGAGAACUUGUCCUAUGAUUACCUGUGCAACCAUAUGACACCACAAUUGUGGGGCAACGUUCUUGAAGACCUUCUUCCUUAUCGGGAUGCCCAGGGAUUGGGCGGUCCCUUGGUCUUCUUCUUCAUUUUUGGCUCAAAAGGCAGUGGGACCCUGUUUCAACUGUGGUGGCAAGCAUUCCAUCACUGCUUGCACUCAGAGACGACCAAUCGCCCUCAUGCACUCCUAUCUGGUGCUCCCACUCCAGCUCCAGCUCCUCAAGCGGCUGCAGUCCCUGCUCCUGCUCCUGCCCCGCCUGUUGCCCAAGUCCCCUCUGGCGAUGCCUCCGCUUUGACCGCUGCGACUUCGACUACAACUCUUCCUCAGAUUUGUCAGCAGGGCUCUGCCAUUGCCACGGGCAUGAACCAACUCAUCUAUCAAGUGAACCAUGCCACUUGA